AUUGGAGACCUCCAUUUCUGGAUGGUGUUUAACACACGAAAUGCGUCCAGGGGGUUGGAACAGUGGAUGAAGGUAGAUCGGCUGCUCGGCUCGCUCAUCAUGAAUAUGUACCAGAUGACCCCAUUGUGGAGCCAACCCGGAUACCAGGUUCUGUUCUCCUCGGCGUUUGAAGCGAAUAAGGUGUGGUUUGCUGUGACGGAUAGAAACAUCUAUACGGGAAACAAGGAGUAUCCUUUCUUCCUAGUCCCUCUUCGGGAUUCUGUACCGUUCUCUCUUCUGGCUGAGACCGAAGUGGUACCAAACCAUGAUCCAACCCCGCUAGGUGAAUUCGGACCUUUCCUGUCUCAGGACGUAGUACAGAUCGACCUGAGUGGACUUGCGUUGGGAAGCAUGGUGUACGUGCUUGCUAUUCAUGCCAGUACACAGAACUCCGGAGUAGCUGUACAAGAGUUUUACAAAUUGUUGUACAGUACGGACGUGUGCAACACAGAGGACAGAGUAACCUACCGGCGACAGGACGGUAUGAUUCUGGUACGUAUAGAGACAUUUACCGGCGACAGGACGGCAUGAUUCUGGUACGUAUAGAGACAUUUACCGCCGGCAGGACGGCAUGAUUCUGGUACGUAUAGAGACAUCUACCGGCGACAGGACGGCAUGAUUCUGGUACGUAUAGAGACAUCUACCGGCGACAGGACGGCAUGAUUCUGGUACGUAUAGAGACAUCUACCGGCGACAGGACGGCAUGCUUCUGGUACGUAUAGAGACAUCUACCGGCGACAGGACGGCAUGAUUCUGGUACGUAUAUAGAGACAUCUACCGGCGACAGGACGGUGUGAUUCUGGUACGUAUAGAGACAUC